AUGUCUCACGAUGGUCGCGACCAUCUCGCUUCUUUCGCGGGGAGCUCAAGACACACCGACACGCAUGGAGACGCAAGCAUCUCAAGCACCGCGUCAAUACCUCCCACGGACGACGCUGUCGAUACGACAAUGGCCCGCAGCCUCUACUACCCUUGCAUGGGUAACGUCGACCUCAAGACGUACAUCGACGCGCGCAUGUAUGGCCUGAGCUUCCGGCGUCUGCAUGACGAAUGGGUGGUUUUGGGCAAACCGCGACUCGACACGACGCAUUGGCCACGUCUCAUCGGUCACCGAGGCCUGCCCAACUCGCCGCAAGACUUCGUCCAUGUGGCAGAGUACUAUGAUCGAAAGAUCUUUGGCCAGGUGCUGCUGAUGGAGCAGGGCAAGUCGGCCAACGCCGACCGACCACUGGACGACUAUCUUGUCUCGAUGGUGACCACCGCUGCCGUGGUCCACGCCGACUUUGUCGUUCAUCGCUUCGUCCGCAACCAGCCAGCGGCAGAGGUGGCAGCAGCUCAACAGCACUGGUACCACACCUUCACCGACUUCUUGCAGGACUCGGUUCGACACUUCAUCAACGAAAGGAGGAUAUGCGACCGACUGGCGCCCCAUCAGUGCGUCACGCCGCUGCUGUUCGGUCAAGCGUCGUCAAUGUCGUACCCUGAUCUGCUCCAGGCGAUGCACUAUCAGAUGCAGAUCUUCCAAAAUCUGUUUCCCAACUUUGGGGAGCACAUCACGCGCUGCGCUGCAGCUCAGCCGCAGCAGCAAUGGCCAACGGCAUCGACAUCGGCGAGUGCAUAUCCUUCCGGCCAGAACGACGCGACCUCACGUUCGCUCGAUACCCGACAGUUGGCGUCCACGUCGAGUGGAUUAACGGACGUGGCACAGCAGUACGAGCCGGAUCCCAGCCGACCGCUCUCGGUCGUGAUCAUCCCGCCAGAGCUAGAGCACCGCAGCGACCUCUAUGCAGCUACCAUCGACCCCUCCAUCCGCUGCGAUGUUCCCGUCGAACGGGUGGCAACCAUCAUCGACUCUCGGGUGAGGAUGUCCGCCUCUACCUCGGCCUCGUCCACCUCCACUCCCGCAUCGAUGAAAGCAUCAGUGCCGAUCCUAAGCACUCGCACAACGGGCAGCAGCUUCUCCUCUAUCGCAUCUCACCCGUCCUCCGACGCCGGUUCGUCGAAACGCAAGCGGCGCGAGGCGAGCGAGCUCUCGCAGGAUGGCAUCGAAUCGACCAGCCUCGUCCUUCGUCCGCCUCUGCAAUCGCACACAUCCUGGUCUGGCGAAACAGUGGGGCGCUCUGCAUCCGAAGAGUAUAUGAUCACGCCCGAUUCGGCGUCCGCCUACCCCUCACGCUCGGAGGGCAACCCAACGUCGUACUUUAGCUCUCUGCCCUCGACGCCGACGGAGGGGAUAUCGGCGCUGUCGACGCAAGAUGCGGCGCAUCCGUACCUGGACCGUCGUCCACAUCGCUCUUCCACCACACUGGGUCCGUUGACGUCUACGUCCGAUUCGGACUCGCGCAAGCGCUCGCGCGCCGAGCAGAACCGCGAAAAGAUGAAGGCGUACCACAAACGCGUGAUGCAACAGCGCGAGGCGCUCGCCAGCGUUCUCGCCGAUAUGACUGCCCACGUCGGCUCCGUCCCUCUACCACCGACACGACGCAGUAGCGCCCACUCCGAGGACACAUCCACGACAAGAGCGCGCGGCAGCGGCACUUCGGAGCAGAGCUGGUCCGUCACCAUGCGCAACAAGCAGAAGCAAGAAUCCAAGGCGAGGCUGCGCAAACGCGAGAUCGAACAGGUGCACGAACUGCGCCUCUUUGCGAGCCAUGCUGUGACGAGUCUCUACGGCAAGGGGAUGCAGGACAAGGUGGGGGAUGCGGAUAGACAUAUGGCACAUGCCAUUGUACGCGUGUUUGCGCGCAAUCGGGCGAACUGGACCGCGCUUACUUCGGCAGAACAGAGGCUGAUGGGGGAGGUGGCCAAGCUGUCGUUGAGCGAGGAUGAGGAGCGGCUCCUCCGUCAGGCCGGGUCCAAUGAGGUGAUCAAGAUGCUCAUCGACCGGAUACAGAUGGAGGAGCGGACGGGGACGUUUUCUCUCUCCACAGAAUCGACUCCUCUGCUUGGCUCGAGCUCGUACGACCAUCGCGGCGGCUCCAGCGCGACAGGUCCCUUCUUGACGAGCGGCAGCACGGCAUCGCGCGCAACGAGUAUCCAGCAGUUCGCACGGCAGAGCGGAUUCAGUCCAAGCCUGGUGCAUCCUGGAUCGCUGAUGAUCUCGCCCGGCUCGUCCGAGUAUGGAGCGGUGUCGCCGUCUGGCAUCCCGCGGCCGGCUGGAGAGGAAGGAGGAGAUUACUUCGGUAGCACGGAUCGAAGACGAUAUGCGUCAUCACGGUAUUCGGACGCCAGCGAUGCGGCGCCCUCGGUGCUCAACCCUGCUGUGUCGCCUGGGUAUCCUGCGGCGGAGCAGACGAGCGCUCAUCUUCCAGCGCGCAGCCCGGGUGCGGGGGCCAUGAUGUCCCCUCCCAGCGUGCUUGCUGGGAGCUACGGGUACAACGCCAUGUACGCUGGAGGAGGUGCACAGCAGCACCGGAUGAAUGUGCAAGGGAUGGACAGGCAGACGGCGUCAGGUGUGGGAGGACAGCAGACGCCAUCGAUGGAAGAUGCACAGCUACGCAUGUCGACGUCGUACGACGGACGCGGCUAUGGACAGACGAUGGUGGAAGGUGGUUCUCGGAUGGAGCCAGGGACGGGGAUAUACCACUCGCAGUCGAUGCAGGCUCCGUCGUUUGGAUAUCCAAGCAGCAUGGGCUCGCACGGCGCGGGGCAUCCGGCGGAAGGACAGCAAGUGUACGGUCUGCCCUCGCCGAGCUCAACAUCGACACUGCAGCAGUAUCGAUCUAGCUCGGGCGGUCAUUCGCAGUAUGGGCAGUCGUACCAACAGAACCCGUACGAUCAGCAGGGCCCGUACGGGGGUCAGUAG